AGCAGGAGUGCGAGGGAGGAAUGCCUGCCGCCCUCGACCAGCGUGAUCCGCCCGCGGCAGAGGUUCCAGGAGGUCCGGAAUGCCCAGCAGCAGCGCCUGAAGCAUCUGUCUCGACCGCUCCGUCUGUGGACGAAGAUGAAACGACGGCAGACCGGGCAGCAGCGGAGUCGGCAGACGUGUCCCCAUCAUGUGCGGAAGAGGACGCGGGCGCAGCGGGCGCAGCAGAUGGGGCUGACAUAGCUGAAGCGGAGGCAGCAGACGGAGCAGAUGCAGCAGAUGGGGCAGACAAAACUGAAGCGGAGGCAGCAGAUGGGGCAGAUGGGGCAGAUGGGGCAGACACAGCUGAAGCGGAGGCCACAGCCUCAUCCCCAACACCGGCGGAAGAAGAUGAGGAGGAUGGCACCACUCGCCCAACAGGCUCGGGAGCAGCGGAAUCGCCAACGCCAUCCUCUCCUUCUACGAGUGAGGACGGCCCAGCAACAGCGAACGCGGAAGCUUCGUGCCCACCACUGUCUGCGGAGGAAGACGUGACGGCAGGCCCGGUGGGGGCUGAAGCAGCGGCCUCAUCCCCGCCGCCUGCGGAAGAUGGAGACCAACAUGCGGUGGAACUGACGACCAAGCUCUGGGCGGAAACGGUAACGCUUGGCACUUUCGACGCACCGAGAAAGGCAGCGGAUCUCUACGCUCCGGACGGCGUUCUCUGGGGCACGGAAGCGUUCGCCUUCGACGACCCCCUCUGGGAGUACGCCUCAGAGCUGGUCCGGAACACCCCGGAACAGAUCUACGCUUACUACGAUUACUUCGCCCGACUGCCCGAGCUUAGGCUGGUGGAGUUCACGGCGGCGCCGGCACGCGUCCGCGGCGACUUCGCCUCCCAGUCCGGCACCCACACCUUCUCGUGGAGGGGGGCCGGCGGCCAGGAAGAGUAUACGGUGGAGGUACGGGCGCGCUUCAGCCUGACGUUCAGGAAGGAUCGUUGCAGCUGCGGGGGCCCCAGUGAGUGGGCGAUCGUGGAGCACUGCACGUUCUCGAUGCCCACCGCCGCCGCCGCCGCCAACCCUCCCUCGGCACGGGUGCUCAAGCACGUGGGGUCUGCCACCGACGUGGUCGUCAAGACCGUCAAGGCCGUCGCCGAAGCCUCGGUGCAGACCGCGCCGUCUUCUCCCGUGGAGAAUGAUGAGUUCACCCCCGAGACUUCUCCGGCGUUCGUCUGCGUACCCCCCGCGAUGCCGGACUCGUCUUGUGGUACGGGGUACACCGCCGUGACCGCCGCCGCCGACCAGAAGACGUGGAGGGACUUCAACAACCGAGUCUCGAACCUCCUUCUGGAGGAAGAGCGCUCCUUGCGAGCGAAGCAGAUCGCGGACCUACAGCACCACGCCGACCAGCUCGUCGAGCUACAGAAGCGCGCCGUGGCCGCCAAGGCCAGGGCGGCGGAGCGGGCGGUGGAGCGCGCGGCAGAGAGGAAGGUCCGGGCCAAGCGUGAGAUGGAGCUGGUGAAGCGCGCCGAGAAGGCGAAGGUGGGAAACUGA